UUCGUCCAAACCGCGAAAGCUGCAUUCAUCCCAGCCCCACACCCUUCCUCUCAAGCCUUCUCUCUGUAUUUCAUUUCAAUUUUGUUCAUUCAUUGCCAAAGCCUGAGAGCUCAAUCUUUGAGGAUUACGACUUACUGAGACGCCCAGAGAGAAAAAGCACUGUGACCUUGUGUCGGGCGAAUCUCGUUUUACUAAUUCAACAAUGGCGUACGUCGAUCACGCCUUCUCGAUUUCCGACGAGGAUAUCAUGAUGGAGCCAUCUUACGUUGUCAACAACAAACCUCCCAUCAAGGAGAUCGCCCUCGCCGUUGCUCUUCUCUUCUUCGGAACCCUCGGUAUCAUCAUCGGUUCAAUUAUGACCUACAAUCGUGUCGGCGGUGACACAGCUCACGGGCUUUUCUUUGCAAUACUGGGAGCCAUCUUGUUCAUUCCGGGAUUCUACUAUACGCGGAUUGCUUAUUUUGCCUACAAGGGAUACAAAGGGUUUUCUUUCUCUAACAUACCGCCUGUGUAGCUGUGUCCUAUAUGUCAAGGUCAAAUAUCACUCUGUACAGAUCGUCAAGGGUUGUAUGUUUUUUCUUAUCUUGUUUGUUCUCCUAUGGUUUUGCCGGCAAAUAAUGUGUAUUUACAUUACAGGUGCUCAGAACACAGACCAAAAAAGAAAAAAAGAUUACAUCUGCUUGGAACAAUAUAUACAACGCUGUUUAAAAUUAUCUUCUAUAUAAUAUGCUUUUAUCUUCUCUAAAUCGCUAUUGUAUUUUUACUCAAUCAAAAUAUGCGAUGAAUACUGAAAGCUAGAAGGUUUAAUCUAAGGCCUUUUUUCAUUGUCCUUUCUUGAAAAUUCUUCCCCGUUUCCCCCUUUCUUCUACUUUUGCAAUCUCUUGGCUAUUGGAAAUGUAUAUUAUUUCUAGGUGACUUGUAGGGAUGACUGAGACGUUCCUAAUGUAAAAUUUUUAUGCUAUUUUUUUUUUUGGGCAUCCUCGAUUAGCUAUGUGGAAGUGAUUUUACGAUGCUCUAGAUAAAUAUACGAGAGUAAUUUUUGCGCGACUUGCUUGAAAGUACUUUCUUUAAGUGCUUCUAAGGGGUUCCCAAACUCCCCCGUAGUAUAAGUGGCAGGUGGUCAUAGGAUGGGUCCUUGAUAUGCCAUCUGUCUGCCAAAGUAUGUUUGCAUUUUUAUCCUUUAACAAUAUGUUGGUCACUUAUCAUUUGGAGGUAAAAUCUGAUCUUGCUUGAAUUCAUUCAAAAUUGUUUGUUUUGGUUGUGUAUAAUGUAAGCUGCCAAUAAUCAAUGUCAGUGAUAUUGAGAUUUUUUGGAAAACUCUUUAUUUUGUUUUUUGUUGUCUCUUUUAUCGUCUUGGCGGGACAUUUGACUCCCCCUUAUUCAUGUUUUUUGGGUUUUCUAGAUAUAUAUACAUGUUGAGAUAUGCAGACAACCGGCAGAAUUUUUGGGAACACUCUUUCUCCCUGUUUUGUGUUUGGUUGUCUCUUUUAUCUUCUUGGUGGGGCAUUUAACUUCCCUUUAUUCUUGCUUUUUCUGGUUUUUUAUAUACAUAUGUGUGUGUGUGUGUGUUGAGAUAUGCUGACAAUCGGCGAAAUUUUUUCUUGACUGAAAUUUACCCUCCUCACCUUCGGCAAUACAUUUGUUUUGAUUGAGGAUGUCAUUAUAGCCUUGGCCUCAGUUUAUGUUUUGAUUGUUGAUUUCCUGUCUGAGAUUUUAAAGCCCAUGUUUGAUAUCAACCUCCAAGUAUGCCCAGUAAUGAUAAAGGUUUUGUGAGCAUAAUUGCUCCAAGGCUCAGAUAAAUUAGCCAUUGAAGUUUAUUAGGGCUAGGGGGUAUUUGAAGUCCUAUCUAAGUUUUUCAGGGCAAGUAUGAUUUGAAGCAUUGAAAUUAUAAGGAGUAAACUUUAUUCUUUUAGCUAUUGAUUGGCUGAAUUGGUUGUUUAGGACUUUAUCACAAGAUUUUAGUGUGACAGCUGUGGCUUAUUUGAUCUCUGGAGACAGAUCAUAACAUAGAUGAUUCUUGCCUUGUUAUAAAUGGAACAUAUGUCUUAACCAUUUGCUCCAGCAAUAUAACAUCGAUUUGUUUUCAUGUUCAAUAUGUUAAUGGAGUUAGAGUACCUUGGUAGCUUGAAAGCAAAUGGUGGCGGGAUAUAUUGACAGUGAAAUUACUAUGAAACUGCAUCAUGUAAGAGUUUGAUAGAGUGGUCAUUUUCUUUCAUGCAUAGCGAAUUUGUAAUUAAAGUAUUUUAAAAAUUUGAGUCAUAGUUGGUAAUUAUGACUUGAAAACUCAACUUCCUCCAAAUAUAUUUAGUAUAUAAUAUAUUAUUUAUUUCAA